UGCACGCAAACAGCGCGCAGCAGACGCGGGCGGCAUCGAGUUGGCUAUGGCGGCGCUGCAGGCGCACCCGCAGGAUGUGGGUGUGCAGGAGUUUGGCUGUUUGGCGCUGGCCAAAGUGUGCUCCGGCACCGACGCCGCAGCGUUCGCACGCAAGCAGCGCGCAGCAAACGUGGGUGGCAUCGAGUUGGUCGUGGCGGCGAUGCAGGCGCACCCGCAGUUGGCGGGCGUGCAGCAGUAUGGCUGCUUGGCGAUGAACAACGUGUGCUUCGGCACCGACGCCGCAGGGCUCGCACGCAAGCAGCGCGCAGCAGACGCGGGCGGCAUCGAGGUGGCUUUGGCGGCGAUGCAGGCGCACCUGCUGGUGGCGGGCGUGCAGCAGAAUGGCUGUUUGGCGCUGGUCAACGUGUGCGUCGGCAGCGACGCCGCAGCGCGGGCGCGGAGGCAGCGAGGUGUGACUGCGGGCGCGACCGAGGCGGUGGUAGGGGCUAUGCAGGCGCACCCGGGCGUCGCAGCUGUUCAGAGGCAGGGGCAAAAUGUGCGCGAUCUUCUUGCCUGAAGGGAUCCGGCCCACGCGGACCAAAAGAGCACAACAUGAACCGGCACGCAUAGGCUCCGGUCUGAGCGGUCUGUGGGAAGAAGUGCUUGCGCCAUCUCGAAGACAUUUUCCGUCUCCAAAUAAUUGUUUUGGUGCGCU